AAAGACUAUCCUUCCCCUCGGUCUACUCGAUUUUAGCCUUGCUCAGGUCCAAUCAGUGAAAUGGAGAUGCCAUUCAAGGAACUUACACCAGGCGGUAGCGCUCGUGCCGUCUCCCGUGCCGUAUUUCGAGCCCACUGAGGAAAAAAAUGUGUUUUCUAGGCGGCGCCGACUCCGCAGAGCACCAGGCUCUUUGAUGAUCAAAGACUCUGGAAAAUGGGUCUCCUCCCCUGUAUUCAAGCCGCCCAAAAGCUCUACAUCCCCAAUGUCCGAGCUUGAAGGGCGAGUCCUUGCGUUACAAACCAUGCAAGUACCAUCGGAUGUCAUGGAAGCAACCCCAGAGUCAGAGGUCGCGCUCUCUCUUCGUUACACGGAUGAGGAGCUAUCGUCGAUGUAUGAAGACUUGUUGGAGGUGCCGCUUACUCAAAAAUCCGUAGAGGUUACGAAGCCCUCUGAGGAAGACAUAGAUACACCUGCCAUGAUUGAAGUGAGAGAACGGAUCCAGGUUUAUAUGCGCGAUGGAGAUUUGUACAGUGCGGAAAGUGCAGUAGAGUCUCUGAAGCUUUCUGGUGUCUCACCGCCCCAAGAUAUCAUCAAUAUCGUGCUUGGAUAUCACGCGCUGCAUGGAAAUGUAGAACGAUUUGAAGGAUUUAUGGUGAAUAUCUUAACUGGCAAACCUUCUGAGAUUCAACGAGACCUACACAUCAAGUCGUACCUGCGUGACCCGGCUGUCUUUGCGUCACGCGCAUUUCCCACUCGUGCUAUCGACCUUCUGCAUAAGUAUGAGGCUUCUGGACUCCAUGCCCCCAUGAAGUCUUAUACACGCAUCAUAUCCUCCCUAUUCUCUGUCUGCCCCUCUCCUUCACCUCCUUCGAUAUCCUCAACACCAGAUGUACCGUUGGGAAGACUGGCUGCAAAUUCACAAGCUUGGGACCUUUUCGCGCACAUGCGCUAUGUGGCGCACCCGACCCCAGAUGCUCAUCUCUACGCAGUGAUGAUCCGCGCUUGUGCUUCAACUCCUUCAACUCCCGAACCUGAGCGUGCCCUAGACCUGUGGACUGAGAUGAUCGACGCGGGAAUCGUGCCGACCAUAGGGGCAUACGACGCCGUGAUCCGUGCUUCCAUCAGGUUUGCACGGCAAAUGCGCGACCGCUUUGGAGGCGGUUCUUCGGAAGUUGGUGGUGGGGACCUUCAAGGGGUUGGUGGGGUGCGUACUUGGACGGCUCUGCUGGAUGGCUGUAAGCGCGUGGGGGAUUUGGGGCGGGCCAGAUGGAUCCUAGCAGAAGCUGUAAGAGCUGAUGGUCUAAAUGAGGAGAUGAUGCAGCACAUGUUCCACGCUUAUGCCGCAUAUAGACCCCCAUUCAAAAGGGGUGCAACCAGGAUCUUGGACGACGGUGUGGUUGUAGCUCCAGCUCCGGCUGCUCCUCCAAAACAAGACGGAUCGCUAGCAAGCGAUACUGAUUGCUCGUCAGACUUGCCUUCAGAAUCUGCAGAGGUUCCUUCAGAUUGCGAUGCAGUUCCGACCGAUUUGUCGCAUAUGAAUACCAUGCCUUCCUUUUCACACCUCCCGCCCCAAUCAUCAGGCGAGGUCAUUGCAGAAGCUAGGGCUCUCUUCCAGAGAAUUCUUCAAGAUACCAACCCUACCUCUCAUUCAUCCUUCAACGUGCCUCCCGGCCCUCUCGCUGGAAAAUUCGAUGUCAGACUCACGCCACGCCUCUUCAAUGCGUACAUGUCCGUGUAUUACUCGCAUGCGAGUCUCGAAAGUGCGCGUGAUGUAUUUGAGAGGCUGUUUUCUUCUUUUGGCGUUGGCCUUAUGGGUGAUUCACGCACUUAUGUCGACGCACUCGAGAAGUGUGCACUUGCAAGGCCGCGUGAACGUGACAUUGCAGGAAAAUGGGUUGAUGAGCUAUGGGCGCGCUGGGAAGAGCUUGAGCGCAAGUGGGUCGAUGGGGCCACAGAGACGACAGUGACUGCCAGGCUGGUCGAGAGAGCGCACACUGCUGUCAGAAGGAUUCAUCUCUUAAACGGUGAUGUCGAUCGUGCAAUUGCACUAAUCCGCAUGUUUAUAUCACGGUAUCCUCCGACCGCGCUACUGCCUCUAGCCCGCAAUCCAUCGUCUGCUCAUAUAGAUGCUCCCAGUCAAGAUAUCAUUAAAAAACGUACAAUCACCCUUUUUGCGAAACCACCCAUCCUCUCGACACGUACAGUUCUCAGUAAUUCAUCCGCUACGCCUCGCCCCCUCGUGCGCCUCACAUCAGCCAUUGGUACACCUGACGAGCGUGUCCCACCCUUGUUAAGUUUUUCGGAUGUGGAAUUGCUACAUGCCCGUUUGGUUGAGCAGGGUAGGGGCAAAGAGGUGGGAUUUCUCAAGUGGGCAUGUAAGGCGUAUGAAGGAGCACUAAGAACUCGUAGAGAAGCUGUUCUUGGAGCGCGGGUUCCGGUUGGGGAGGAUGUUCGAUGAAAGGGAGAGCAGUUCGAGUUGCAGAUACCGAUGCCGACUGCCUCGUGCAUUACAGAUAUGAUAUCUUCCUGCACCGAUCAUGAGAAGUCACACAGGAACAGUUACGACAGUCAUGCAUGGAUCGCUCUUCUCGAGCACGGCAAUAUUGUCCAUA